CUUUUUCUCAGAAAUUGGUUCAGAAAUGAAACGAAGGUUUCUUUGAAAAUAUUUUCGAAGGUGAUAUUUUGUCGUAUAGCCCUCCAAUAAUGAAUAAUUUUAUUGCAUUUUCUGGAAUGAAGCAAUUCAGUUUCUAUGCUCGAAGUUCCCAGAGCAGGAAAAUAGAUUGCAGAAAGUGAAAUUAAAUAAACAAGAAACGAAGAAACAUUCAGAAAUUGAACCUUUAUGAUAAAACACAACGUACCUCUGCAUUAAAUUAGUUGAGCAUCAUGAAUACAUUCGUAAUUAAGGACGUAGAAUUAAAAGAAAAUAUACCCACAACAAUACUUUUCUCAAAACAUGUGGAAUUCCUUACGGAUUAUGGACAACAAAAAGAUACUUACGAAGCUACCAUGACUGAUUAUUUGAAAAUGUCGGGCAUGUAUUGGUGUCUCACAGCCUUAAAAUUGAUAAAAUCGUCACCUUUUCCGAAGAAGGAAGUGAUAGAAUUCAUAAAAAGUUGUCAAGAUCCAGAUUGUGGUGGAAUAAGCGCAAGUAUUGACCAUGAUCCUCAUUUACUAUACACCUUGAGUGCCGUGCAAAUACUAUGUUUGUAUGAUAGUUUGGAUGAAAUAGAUAUUGAAGGAGUUAUCAAAUACGUUGUUUCAUUGCAACAGUCCGAUGGUAGUUUUGCAGGGGAUAAAUGGGGAGAAAUUGAUACAAGGUUUUCAUUUUGUGCAGUAGCAACUCUAUCUCUGCUCAAGAAAUUGGACGCUAUUGAUAUUGAGAAAGCUGUGGAGUUUGUUGGGUCUUGUAUGAACUUCGAUGGAGGAUUUGGCUCAAGACCUUAUUCAGAAAGUCAUGCUGGACUCAUUUAUUGCUGUAUUGGAUUUUUAUCUAUUGUAGGAAGAUUGGACAUAGUCAAACAAGAUAAUUUAGCCUGGUGGCUAUGUGAAAGACAGUUGCCUUCAGGUGGUCUAAAUGGUAGACCUGAGAAAUUACCUGAUGUCUGUUACUCUUGGUGGGUGUUAUCCUCAUUAGCUAUUUUAGGUAGACUACAUUGGAUUGAUCAAAAUGCACUCAAGAAAUAUAUACUAGCUUGUCAAGAUGUUGAAAGUGGAGGAUUUGCAGAUAGGCCAGGAGAUAUGCCGGAUCCUUACCAUACACUUUUCGGACUUGCAGCUUUAUCCCUUCUAGGACAAGAUUCAAUUGAAAAGGUGAAUGCAGUUUUCUGUAUGCCUCAGUCAGUUAUAGAUAAACUGCAGAUAAAAACUCAAAUGUUGAAAUGAUUUUAUUUGAGUAAUAAUUGUGUACAUAAUAUUAUAUAGUAAUAGUGUGUAAAAUAUACACAAUGUUUCCA